CGCUGCGGUCUAUCGAGGAAGUACCACCUCCAGCAAAGCAACAGCAGAUUGCGCGGAAUUUUGGCAAUAAAGGUGGAUUUUUCAACCAUUCUGGCUUGUUCAUCACAAGUUAAGAUCAUAUACAUAAUCAGCGCUUUAAAAUUGGAUCCUUGCUUAAUUAACGACACUGACUUAUCUGAUACAAGCCAGAUUAAAACCCUGAAAAUUAACUACCUAAAUUAGCUGUAAUGAACUCCACUCAAAGCCCGGUUUAUCACACCUCCGUGGAGCAAAAGCGUCAUGCUCAAGAUGUGGCCAAAAGACAGCGGAUGGGCAAGCAAAUGCCUAGACUUCGCGAAAUGCUGAGACAGAAAUACCGCAAGCGAAUCAUAGAAACGCGCAAUAGAUGCACGGAUGCCAAUCGAGAAAUCCAACUAUCCGAACUCAGGGAAAUCCUGCGCCUGGAACUCAGUGAGCUGGAUAAGGAUGUGGAACUGGAGGAGCUAAUCCUGGAGGAGCUACUAUCGGAUGUCAACGAGUGGUAUGCCCUGGGCGAAAAGAACCUGGAAACGCUUUACGCAGAGCCAGAUGAGCAGCAAAAGGAUGUCCUGUGCCCAGUUUGCCAGAUAAAAAACCUACGUCACCACAAAGGUGCCUUCAUUUGCGAAUGUGGAAUACGCUUCGAGCACUCUGCAAGCAUGGAGCAGCUUCAGGUGCUGCUGCAACAGCAAAUCGCCAGCCACGAACUUCAGUGCACUCAGGCCCUACGAUUCUUUAUCGAACCCGCUUCUGGACACCUCUACAACAUGUGCGGCAGCUGCGACUACUUCUCCUCUGUUUAGGUCCACCAUGGAGCUGGUUUCCACCUCUGACUGCUGCUAGGUUAAAGGAAUUUGUUAGUCAAGUACAUAAGCUAAACUUAAGGCAGUCUUAUCAGUUUAUAUAACCGGUGAUCUGCACAGAAGACUUUUAAAUUCAAAAGAACUUUAUAGAUAUUAAAUUGUUAUUAAGGUGAUAUAUGGCCUAUAGGAUAAUACAUCAAUAUUGAUCCAAAGAAUAAUGCGAGUUGAGGGUAAAAAUAAAUCUCCGAAAUCAUGUAUUUUAUUAUUAUUGCAGAGCAGAUUCAAAUCUUAGGCAUUCUAGAUUUAUUUAAGUUAUUCUAAGCUCUUACGAAAUUUCAACAAAAUCCAUUCAUGUGACAUUCUAGAAUAAGAAAAUAAAUGAGGUGCGAGAUUAAGUUUAAGGAAUAUUAAA